AAAUUAAUUUUUUGUAUUACUCGAUCAUUUCAAAUUCAUAUGUUUACGAAUCGAAUUGAUUUUCAAUUUCGAUUUAAUCUAUAAAAAAUCAUUGUUACAAAUAUCGAUUUGUCAAUUUUAUGUACUCAUAACUUUCAGUUUACUUCACGUUAAACAUUUGUAUCUCAAUGUAAUUUAAUCAUUUGAUUUUUCCUUUUUUUUUUUUUAUUUUACGUCCUCGUAUGAUCAAGGAUUAUUAUUAUGUACGCGGAAAAUUCGGGCGAAAUCGAUGAGGAAUUCUUCGGCGCGUUGGCGUUGUUACGUUCGAACGAUGACGACAGUACUGAGAAACUUAGGAAAAUGUUAGACGAACAAAUUGAAAAGAGAUAUGGUAAAGGUAAAACGUUGGCUGUUAGAAUGUCUAAAGAAUUUUUACAAAAAGAAAGUACACGUUGCAAAACUUAUUCCAAAAAUUCACUCAAAUUUACAUCUGAAAAUAAUUCAGAAAUAAAUAAAUCUAAAAUGGAUGAUGAUAAUGAUGAUGAAUUGGAAAAGAUCGAUAUACCAAGAAUCUCAAUUCCUGAUGACAUCCCAACAGAUGGUGCACUUUGCAAGAUAUGCAACGGUACGAAGUUGGGUCCUCUGAUAUUGCUUGAGUGCCAAGAGUGCCAAGAGAUCUAUCAUCCCCUUUGCCAUAAUCCAGCGGUCAUCGAUAUAGACGUCUACGAUCCCAGACUCGUUUGGCGAUGUGGAAAAUGCGUCGAAGUUAGAGUCUCCUCCUAUGAGACUCCUCCUCCUCCUCCUCCUCCUCCUCCUCUUGCAUCACUUGGCACGGAUUGA